AUGACAGAGACAGGCACAGAUGUGAAGGCAGAGAUGUCUCCAGUCCUUGCCUGUUUGCUGGUUUUCCUGGCAGGCUGCUCAGGAUCCCAGCACCACGCCUGCUGCUGUGUGGGCAGGGUCUUCAUUUGUCAGGAGAGCAAGGUGGUCCAGGUUCCCCGGGACAUCCCCGCCAACAUCACCGAACUGAGAUUUGUCCUCACCAAGAUGAGAGUCAUUCCAAAAGGAGCUUUUGCAGGACUUGGUGACCUAGAGAAAAUAGAGAUCUCACAGAAUGAUGCCUUGGAAGUCAUAGAAGCAAAUGUGUUUUCCAACCUUCCCAAACUACAUGAAAUAAGGAUUGAGAAGGCCAACAACCUCGUGUACAUUGAUCAAGAUGCCUUCCAGCACCUUCCGAGCCUCAGAUAUUUGUUGAUAUCAAACACUGGCCUUCGGUUUUUACCUGCUGUCCAUAAGGUGCACUCUUUCCAGAAAGUUUUACUUUUCUAUUGUAUUUUAUUUUUCAGAGAUAUUCAAGACAAUAUCAAUAUACGUACAAUUGAAAGAAAUUCAUUCACGGGCCUGAGUUCUGAAAGUGUGAUUCUAUGGCUGAACAAAAACGGAAUUCGGGAAAUUGAGAAUCAUGCAUUUAAUGGAACCUACCUGGAUGAGCUAAAUCUAAGUGAUAAUCAUAACCUAGAAAAAUUACCAGAUGAGGUCUUCCAAGGAGCCAAUGGGCCCGUUGUUUUGGAUAUUUCAAGGACGAGAAUCAGUUUCCUGCCAAGUCAUGGAUUAGAACUCAUCAAGAAGCUAAGAGCAAGGUCCACAUAUAAUUUAAAAAAGCUUCCUGAUUUAAACAAAUUUAGAUCUUUGAUUGAGGCAAACUUCACCUAUCCUAGCCAUUGCUGUGCAUUUACAAACUGGAAAAGAAAAAACACUGAAUUACACCCGAUAUGUAGCAUAUCUCAGGCCAAGCAAGACCUUGAUGAGCAGCCUGGUGAUAAGAUACAUAGACGAUCUGCAGCUGAAGAUUAUAUUUCUAACUACGGCAUAGGAUUUGACCCAGCAGAGCAUGAAUUUGACUAUGGUUUAUGCAAUGAAGUAGUUAAUGUAGCUUGCUCACCUAAACCUGAUGCUUUCAAUCCAUGUGAAGAUAUCAUGGGAUACGACAUUCUGAGAGUCCUGAUAUGGUUUAUCAACAUUUUAGCUAUCACUGGGAACAUUGUUGUCCUCGUUAUUUUAAUAAGCAGUCAAUACAAACUCACCGUACCUCGCUUUCUAAUGUGCAAUCUUGCAUUUGCAGACCUCUGCAUCGGUAUCUAUCUGUUAUUUAUUGCAUCUGUAGAUAUCCAGACCAAAAGCCAGUACUACAACUAUGCCAUUGACUGGCAAACUGGGGCAGGAUGCAAUGCUGCAGGAUUUUUUACAGUGUUUGCAAGUGAACUCUCUGUCUACACACUGACUGUGAUAACUCUGGAAAGGUGGCACACCAUCACCUAUGCCAUGCAACUGGACCGCAAGGUUCGAUUUCAUCAUGCUGUGAUUAUAAUGAUUUUUGGCUGGAUGUUUGCUUUCACCGUGGCACUUCUUCCCAUAUUUGGAGUCAGCAGCUACAUGAAGGUCAGCAUCUGUUUGCCCAUGGAUAUUGAAACACCAUUUUCUCAGGCUUAUGUUAUAUUUCUUUUAGUGUUGAAUGUACUCGCAUUUAUGAUUAUAUGUGCCUGCUACAUCUGCAUCUACUUUACUGUGAGAAACCCUAAUGUCAUCUCUUCAAACAGUGACACCAAGAUUGCCAAGCGGAUGGCCAUACUGAUUUUCACAGACUUCCUCUGCAUGGCACCAAUAUCCUUUUUUGCAAUAUCAGCCUCACUCAAGGUUCCCCUCAUCACAGUGUCCAAAUCCAAGAUCCUUCUGGUUUUGUUUUACCCCAUCAAUUCCUGUGCCAACCCUUUCCUCUAUGCCAUUUUCACAAAGACCUUCCGCAGGGAUUUCUUCAUUCUGUUGAGCAAGUUUGGUUGCUGUGAAAUGCAAGCCCAGAUUUACAGAACAGAGACCUCCUCAUCUGCUCAUAAUUUCCACACGAGAAAUGGCCAUUGCUCUCCUGCAUCAAAAAAUAGUGAUGGGGCUUUUUAUUCAUUGGUUCCUCUGAAUCAUUUGAACUGAAACGCUUGCAUGAAUUUGUGUCUGAGGCAGUGUGAUAAUCAUGUUCAACUGUGAAUUUGAAUAAUUAAUUCAGCAUAGCAUGUAAACUUAUAUUUAUGAGAAAAAAAAAUUAUUUCCACUUUGAUAUUUUUGUUCAAUGAACAACCAUCAGAGAUGACACAUGAUCUUCAUCAGUUCUUGAAGAAUAAGAAAAAAACUUCAGUAUGUGCCAAAGUGUUCUUGUAGAAUUGUCUCAAGAAAUAAAUUAGAUGAUAAACUGGUAUCUCUCACUAUACAGGCAGAGAUUCUCUUCAUUCUAGGAAGAUGUUAGCUGCUUAUUGAGAAUUAAAUAGCGGUUAUAUAUGGUUGAAAGAAAAAAAUAUGUAGAAUUAAUUUUUUUGCCUCUGAAGCAUGUUAUAACAAUGACAGAUAAUUAGGUCUUUUCAUUAAUCAUAUCUCAUGGGGUUAUAGAAGACAGAAGGCCAAUUUAAAGCCCUCCUUCAGCACAGACUUACUAGGAAUGAGAAUAUCUUGUGUUGUUUCCAUUUCUGCUGACAAUAACAGGGGGGCAGGAGGCAUCUCUAGCUAUGCUGAUGUUUGCUGUUCCACACUGCAUGGACCUGACUUACUCUGCACAGAAAUGUUGCUCUGGGGAGGAUUUUAUGUUAGUCUAGAUCAGCAGGCUCAGAGAACCAGAUUUCAUCUGAGUUUGGAUCAAGGAGUUUGGUUUGGGGUUUGCUUUCAAGGUGAGAAAGAGCAAGAAUGAGAGCAGGAGAAACCCUUCAUAAUAAGGGGGACGUUUUCUCAACUUGGUCUCAAAAAGUUAGGUUAAAAUCACUUUUGUGUGGCUGGGCCCGUUGGGUAUGACAAAAUGGGCCAAUGGACUGCUCUAAUGUGAUAUCUGAGGCAGGUUUGCCAGACAGCAGUAUUAGUGCAUUACACUGUCUGGGCUAUGUAAAGGAUGAUGGAUACAGAUAUGGCUUUUGAAAACAUGAACAAAUAUUUCUGUGAAAUCACAAAAGUUCUCUUUCCCCUUCCCUUCCUUCAUGUGCACAUUUUCAGACAAUGGUCCAAAUUGAAAGACCUGAAAGAAACCACACGCUGUAUAUGUUGCAAUAGCAAAAAAGAAAAAAACCUCUUAAGAUUUCUUGAUUUUACAGGGGUUUUGAAUAACAUCUCAAUGAACAUACAGACCUUUUACAAGACUUUAAUAUAGAACUUUUUGAGGGUUAAUCAUUCCAAAUCACAUCGCAGAUUUAGGGUUGGAUAAGAUGUUCUCAUGCUGAUUGUGUGUCUGUGUGGGAGUAUGUGGGCAUAAAGAAAACAGCAGGACAGGAGUCUGGGCUUCAUUCCCACCUCACAAACAAUUCACGGUUUUGCCCCAUGAGAUUAUAAAUCUUUGGAGUUUUCAUGGUUAAAUGUGGUGUGCUUUGAAUAUUUCCUGCCUACAACUCCUAAAAUUUCAGUAGCAAUUCUUGAUACUUCUAACCAUAAUUUCCCUUGUCAUCAGUUUCACAUUUCAGCAUCUGAACCUGAUGUGAAUAACUGCAGGAGAUAAUUAUUCAUUCAGUCCUAGCUAGGGAAUGAAGCAUCAGCUCCCUAGUGCAUAAAACAGGGGAGAUCAAAGACAGUGUGUUUUGUGGGGGGAAAUUUCAUUACUCAAUACAAGUAACACUCCCUCCAAGAUCCAGGAGAAGGAAGAAUGAAAGAGCAAAACUGGAAAGACAGUUCAUCUCUGGGAAGCUCUUCUGACUACUCAGAGCAACCAUUUAUUCACAAAUGCUUUAUGCCAUAUACAGUGUACUGGUGUGCAGCCAUUAAAACUCAUCCUGAUGGAAGUAUCUGAAUGAUAAUGUUCCAAAAUGACAAACAUUCUAGUUGCACUUAAAAAAGGCUUCUGAAUCUUGAAUUUGGGGCCAAAAAUGAGGGGUGUUCUUUGUCAAAUACUAGCCCAUUUUUGUUGCUAAAUAGGGCAAAUUCUUGUAGUAAGUCACUUUUUUUUUUUUUUUUGCCUGUGCUCUGACCAUUUGCAAAGGCAAUAGGAUGAGACCUGGAAGUUCAGGAAAGCACAGACAUAGUCUAGAAGCCAGUCUUGUAAAUCCUUUCACAGCUAUGCCAGGCACAUGAUGUACAGCUCAUCUACUUUAUGCAAAACCAGCGCACAGAUAUUUUCAGAAUCAGAACCCAGUUGAAUAUGCUUUACAAAUAAACAGCCCUGAAAAGAGACCUUGCAAGGUUAUGUCUUGUAGCCAGAGUCAAUCCAGGCCCAAGGGAUGAAGCCAUCUAGCCCAUAGCUCUUCCUCCAGAGGAGACAUGGGAUGGCACCUGAAGAGCAAGUAGAGCCUGCCUAGCUGGACCCCUAGCAGGAGGACAGCAGAGAGGUGCUUGAGGCAUGUGUCAUCCUGCUCACACGUCAGGUCAUCCUCCUCACUCAGGAGGUCAGGUGGCAGCUCAGGCUGUCGCAGCAGAUCCAAAACUGUGAGGGUGACCGUGUGGUUUCCAAGACAAAAAUCUCUUCUUUAUAGUCCUCACUGCUCCUGGGCUUUCACUAUUCUUUGGAUUUUAAUUUUAAGCAUCUUCCAAAUUGUAAGGGGCAUGGUAGGACCUGUAUCUUUCCCUGUGUGGGACAUUGGCCUCCUUAUAACAAUUUUUUAAAGCAAUGGUUUUUCUUUGAAAAAGGCAGUAUGAGAAAAAAAAAAAAAAAAAAAAAAAAAAGCAAGAUACAUUUUAUUCAUGCUUGUAAUGUAAAAAAAGCCUGCUGGUGUCUGCUGUGGAUUUUCUCAGCACUGAACAACAUGUUUAUGUGUGUAAUCUUUAAACUAUUUUACAUUUUCCUUUCUGAAAUCUAUUUUAAUAAAACCAAUAUCAAAACAAAGUGCCUUGAGAACAAGUGUAUAGCCAGAGAUAUGCUGACGAAGUAUGCAAUAAAUGUUACUGCUUAUCUGGAAAGCUCCAUUUAUGCGGCACAGCCUCCACAGUCAGGUCACAGUGACCUACAGAUGAAACUCGGCUGAUGAGAGACUCUGCAAAGAAAACCCGCCUGUAUUCUCCUGGAGAGAUAACAAAGCGCAGAAAGACUCAACCCAUGCCUCUGACAGGAAUGGACUUCAGGCUUUCUUCCUGGAGCAGGAGGAAGAACAGAAUGGAACCGAGACUUUCCUGUGUUGGAGAUGAUACUUUUACUUCUCAGCCAGGAUAUCAGGACGAAGUGCACUGCAAUGCUAACCACAUCGCUGCUGCUCCAUGGAGAGCUACUGCCGCAGCCCCAUCCCUCUCGACAGCCUCUCCCCUGCACCCCUGAGCACUACUCAUCAGUCCGGCUGGCACGCACGUUCAGCACACAUUCCACGACAAGCCCCAAGCAGACCUUGGCUUUAUUGCGUUGGAAGAUACAAUGCUGUUAACAAGACACCCAUCAUGCUUCGUCCCUAGAUACAUCACCUUUCAUGUCUGCUGGUCUUCUCUCCACCGUCAUUGACCACUCCACCAGUUUCUCCACUACUGCAAGCUCUACAGAUGAUGAUUAUUCCAAAUCAUUCAUCAAAUUGCUAAAUAAUAAAUAAUAAUUGCUGAAUAGUACUAGAUUGGUAGUUGCUAAAGUGUUAAACCAGUACUGGAAUGAGUUCUUGUGGAGAGCUGAUAGACAUACCCUCCUUUGGAUACCAGUUUUCCAUUUACAUUUAUAUUUUGCAAUUUAGCAGAUUAAUUGGCAUAUGAUCCACCCGGUGAGGGUCUACUAUGAUAUUUGCAGACUUCCAACAUUUUCAUCAAGAUGGCAGAUUUCAAUUGUCUUGCAGAAAUCAAAAUAUACUGCAUUGACAUCAUUAAACUGAGCAAACUGAUGUUUCAUAAACCUACAGGAAUACUUCUGCUAUUAUUUUUAAUUCAUUGCUUAUGGAUCCUCUUCUAUCUUUACACAAUGUCUCCUCCAGAGAAUUGCUAGAUUAAUUGGUCUAUAAUUUGCUGGGUUAUUCAAUUUACCCUUUUAAAUUGUGGCAUAAUAUUAGCUCCUGCAUCCCUCAGCCCUCAUGCUCCAAGACUUGCUAGAAAUGAGUGCAAGCAGUUCAUAAAUCUCCUCAGGCAAUCCUUUCAAUGCUUCUGGAUACAAGCACUAUAGUCCUGAGAUUUUAAAAUGUUUAACUUCAACAGUUGCUGUUUAACAUCCCCACUAAUUAAGAACAGAAGAGAAAGUGUUUGCUACCACGCUGAGACACGAAAACAUCAUCUGCUUCUUUCUGACCACAGAACAAAUAAUUACUGAAAAAUUCUGAGGCAAAGCUUUCAGGGAGAGGUAAUAUCUUUAUUAGACUAACAGGUAGUUUUGAUCAUACUGAUAGCAAGUCUAAUAAAAGGUUUUAUCACUUCCUGCAAAAUUUGCUUGACCUAAAUCUUUAAACUAUCAUGACUCCAAAAGCACCAUUAUGAGAAGAAUUCUAGUUAUUCAGUAUUGAGACUGAUAAUUUUAUCAUCCUUGUCUAUGACUCUCCACAUACCAAUGCUAAGGUUUCAUCUGUCCUCAUACAUUUAAGGAAUCCCUUUAAAACAAAGAGGUUUAGGUUGUUCAACACUGCUUUUAGCCUCUUUUAUUUUCUUUAUUUUUAUUUUAUCAUCUCAAUUGUCUGAAUUUUCUGUUGUUUAAGAGCCUCACAUUCCAAUUUUCUAUAUGGGAAUGUGCAUGAAUGUGUAUACAUGCAUUUGUUUUCAUAUAUAAUCGCUGCUCUUGCUUCUAAUCUGCAGCAGGUUGUAUCUUGUUUUUCCCCAACUGCUGAAUUGCAGGGGCUUGAAAUUUAAUAAACCUUUCUUAAGGAGUUUUCUAUUA